UCCGUUCGAUAGUAACAUAACGAGUUUUAUAUAUGUCUCGACAUGCCCGAUUCCGUUGAGGCUAGGCUGCUCAUUUCUGUCAAGAGUUUUAUUAUUUCACAUCCUUUUUUCCAAUCAUUGCUCAUGUAUAAAGUAAACCACCCCCUUAAUCAAUAAUUCGUAUCAAUUAAUCGACGGACAACUCAAUCUCGCGAUGAAGAAAAGGAUCGUCGUUUGUUGCGAUGGCACAUGGCAGAAUUCUGACAAUGGCUAUGUUCAACCGACCUCCUCCAACCCCCUUCCGACUCUCCAGAUCCCGUCAAACGUAACACGUAUUUCGAGAACCUUCAAGAGGACAUGUUCCGAUGGCACUUUUCAAAUUGUCUACUACCAAUCCGGCGUCGGCUCUAGAUCGGGUCCAAUCAACAGGAUCCUUGGUGGCGCAUUUGGAAUUGGUAUAGCAGAGAAUAUCCGUGAGGCAUAUGCUUAUAUAUGUGCGAACUACGUCGAUGGAGAUGAAAUCGUCCUCAUCGGCUUCAGUCGCGGAGCUUUCACAGCAAGGUCCAUUGGUGGCAUGAUAUCCGAUUUGGGCCUGCUCACUCGCGAAGGCAUGGAGUUCUUCUACCCGGUCUUCAAAGACAUGCAGAAUUGGAUGAAUCCAAAAUAUAAAGAUCAGUUUCCUCAGAUCCCAUUCCCUGGCAAACCAAAGGGACCACAUGCUAGGGAUGACUAUAGAAAGAUGCUUGUUGAGAAAGGAUACACCCGUGUACGCCAAGAUAAGGGAAAAGGUGACUUAAUUAGGAUUAAAGCCAUCGGUGUUUGGGAUACAGUUGGUGCACUAGGUAUCCCUCAAGGAAAGCCGAGAGAAAUACUCGCUCGACUUGGCAUCAAAAUGCCCAAUCAAGAAUACCGAUUCUACAAUACCAAUUUAUCUAACAAGAUCGAACAUGGAUUCCAUGCGCUCGCACUAGAUGAGACCCGCGGCCCAUUCAGUCCGACUCUGUGGGAACAGCAGCCAGAUGAUCGUGAUACUUCAGAUCUUCGACAAGUUUGGUUUCCUGGAAGCCACGGCAAUAUAGGCGGAGGCUGGAAAGAUCAAGGUGUUGCUAAUAUCACCCUUGCCUGGAUGAUGGAUCAACUUUCCUCCAUUGGCUGCGAGUUCGUCCCCGAUGCCAUUGAGCAAUUCUACGACCGCAACGUGCAGUUUUACCACAGUUUACAGCUGGAACAGUCCAAGAGGCAGAAAUAUACUGAAGGUUGCCGUGGAUGCUGUGGUUGUGCAAGCACCAAGGUGCCUCUUCUUUGGGCCACAAAAUCCAUCUUCGACACGAAUAAGCCCAUCCGCCCUUGGGGUCUACAUAGCAUUCGAUCGGUGUCUAGCCCCAUCUACGACCUUGUCGGAAGCGUCACUCGUUCGCCGGGCCUGUACAAGAAGGUAAAUCCGGAUAACGGAAGCCCUAGGCGGGCCUUUCUUAAGGACACGAACGAGCGCAUCCACAGUUCGGUCCGCGUGCGCUUAGCUUGCGAAGGCUUGGGACUCAACGACUCGAAUCUCUGGGAAUGUCCCGCGUUGCUGCAGUCGUGGCGUCCUCGUCACGUGCCAAAUAAUUUCGAUGCCCCCAUCCCUCCGGAUGCCAGUUGGGGACCGCAAAGUGACGGAGGCGUCAGAAGGGGGCUGGCUGAUAAUGAGAACGCCACCGUUGGGGACGCAAUCGAUCGGGGCGGCACUUCUAGUACGACUAUUCGUGGACCGGCUAAAAACGGAAACGAUGCAACCAAACCAGCAGACAAUGCGCCUGGGAACCUACGCUGGGUUUGGGAAUAUAUAGGUCCCGACAAGAAUGCCCCAUACAACCGGACUUUGGCGGAGGAGACGAUGGGGCCGUGGGAGAAACACUUACUGACAUUAUCCACCGGCAAGUUGGGAGUAUAUGAUUAUGCAGAGGCCCAGGAAGUUGCCAAGUUCAGGAUCCUAAACACUAAGAAGUUCAUGAAGAGGUUGAAGUCGAAGUCGAAGAAAUAGGAUUCGGGAUGGAGAGGACUUAGCAUUCUUAGUAUUAUUAGUAUUGCUGUAUUAGAUGGUAUUAUUAGAUUAGUGCUCUGCUU